UGUGGGCGUGGCCAGCUGGUAUUUAUCAGCAGUGGAGAUUUUCCGGGUGACUCAGUGACAGCUGCAGGACAAGUAGUGAAGUAUCCGACAUGCCUGGAACGCAGAUGGUCGAGGUCUAUGUGGUGUACUGUGGCGCCUGAGGGUACCGCCCCAAGUUUCAGCAGCUGAGGAAGGACCUAGAAAAAAGGUUCCCAGGCCAGCUGAAAAUUGAUGGCGAAGGUACCCCGACAGCCACUGGGUGGUUUGAAGUGUCGGUUAAUGGGAAGCUUGUGCAUUCAAAGAAGAAUGGAGAUGGAUACGUGGACAAUGCAAAGCUACAGAAGAUUAUGUCCGCCAUUGAGUGUGCUUUGAAGGGAUGACUAGGAAUCUAAUGGAGUUUACAGUGUAACUAGCAAAGGUGGGGUGAACUCUUGUUUCUUUCAUCUUAGCCGAGCACUUAAUGACGGGAAACGCUAAAACGCCGGUGAGCGGGGCCGCUCCCAGAUAACUCUGUGCAGUACACCAAGAUGAACCCAAUGACAGUCAUACAGCUUUGCUCUUACACUUUUUUUUUUUUUUUCUUUUUUUUUUUUUUUCUUUGAGAAGUAAUCAA